CAAAGAUGAACAUAAAACGUCCAUUAGUUUCUGCUGAUGUUAUAGAGCUCAUCCUCAAGCGACUCCCUGUUAAGUCUCUUCUUCGAUUUAAAUCAGUUUCCAAGGAAUGGAACUACACCAUUUGUGACAGAGGCUUUGCCGUUGGACAUCUAUGUCAAUCCAAAAAGUCAUCUUCUUAUGAAAACAUGUUUCUUGCGGACUCUAUUCGUGGUUAUGAUUUUUUCCUCUCAAGAUUGGAAAACAACGAAUUGAAACCAUUGUUGGAUCUCAAUUGUUCAGAGAAAGAUAUUCUAUGGCGCGUCAAGAGAAAUCAUUGCUGCGACGGCCUAAUAACUUUGGGUUCUUUUAAAGACUUCCCAUACUCUGUCUCCGUCUGGAAUCCAUCGGCCAGAACAUAUUCAAAUUUGGAGUUCCCUUUUUCGAAAGAUUUGAGUUAUUCCACAUACAACUUUAAUUUCACUUACGGUAUUGGUUUCGAUCCAUUAUCAAGGGGUUAUAAAGUAGUAGUUGUUGAUUUUGAUCUAAAACAAUUCACAACGUUUGACAAUAUAAAUCAACGUUGGAAGGAGUUGAAAAAGAUGGAAAUAAUUGAAUAUGACUUGAAAAAUUUUCCUUUGGAUGGUCAUAUCCAUUUGUGGCAAAAGAUUGAAACAAAAGAAGACAGCUUUGAUAUUCAAAUGAUCUUCUUCAACCCGAGAGACGACAAGUUCUAUAAAUUUUUCUAUCAUGUGAGAACUAGAACUCCAAAUUAUUUCACACAUUGUUACGUUGAUUGUCCACCUGGCCUAUUUUGCGUGCUCCUCGGCGACAUUGAUAGUGACAAGUGCCGUGUUGUGUUGAAGAAAACUGGCGGCGAGUGGAUGGAGUUUGACGAUGCGCCGGUUCCGUGGAAGCCGACCAACGUUACUAGACUGGAUCAGGUUGCUGUCAAGAUGUUCUUAUCUGAUGAUGGUAGAGAACUUAUAUUAGCUUUUGGUUUCUAUCAAACAAAUCUGAUAGUCUAUAAUUUAAUUGAGAGGAAGGUUAGAAAGAUUUCACAGCCUGUUAAUUUUUGUUCAGUAAAUGCUUUGUUCAGAGUGCUCUUUGUCGUAUCUGUGGAGUUGUUGCAGUGA